AUGGAGGGAGAUAUAUAUAGUAGCAAAGGCUUCGAUGAGACCUCUGCAGAUCAGCAUCUGCCGUCCGUCGGCGAGGCGGGGGGCGACGGGGAGGGUGAUGAUGCUGGUGGCGCCGACGAUGUGCCUCGCGGGCACGACGGGAGCUCAAGCAAUAGCAGCACGGUGGAGCUGGAUGAAGCCGGCGGGGACAGCGGCAGGAAGGCCGCUGGCGCCUCGCCGUCCUCGGUGCGGCCCUACGUGCGGUCCAAGAACCCCCGCCUCCGCUGGACGCCGGAGCUCCACCUCUGCUUCCUCCGCGCCGUCGACAGGCUCGGCGGCCAAGACCGUGCAACUCCAAAGCUCGUUCUUCAACUGAUGAACGUUAAAGGGCUUAGCAUAGGCCAUGUCAAGAGCCAUCUCCAAAUGUAUAGGAGCAAGAAGAUCGACGACUCGGGCCAGGUGAUAGGUACUACUGGUUCAUGGAGAGAUCUUCAUCAGUUGCAGGAUGGGGGAUCAGCGUACAACCUCGGGCAUCUCUCCUUGCAUCACGGCCAGACUGGUGCUAGUACCAUAUUGUCAGCAAGGUUUGGUUCAUGGCCCCGUCAUUGGAACAAUUUCCAUGAUCCAUCAUAUUUGCUUCACAGUCACCAUCUUCUUGGAUCAAAACCCUACUACUCAUCAACAGCAGAAGCCAACGCAUUCCUUAGAACUCGUGCUCAGUAUACUGCUAGAGCUACUAGCAGCACUCCAGUGUCUACUCUUCAAAGGUGUUUGUCGUAUCAAAAUGAUCAAUUCAUGAAUCAUCAUCAACGACGACUGCCGCGCAAUGAGGAUAAUAUCCACCAUGAUCCUCUUGAUCUCGAAUUCGCAUUGGAUAUCGGCCCACGCCGGGACAAGAGAAUAAAGAUACCAGGUUGUACCUGGGGAAGACAUCAACAAAAGGAGAAUGCUGGGGAUCAAGAAGUCGAGAGUGCUACUGAUGAUACUCGGCUAUCUCUUUCUUUGUUCCCAUCUCCUCCUUGUGUGAGGACCAGUAGUGGUGGUCAUCAUCAUAAAGUCCUAGGUCUCAAUAUGGAAAAAGGGAAAGCGCAUCCAACAAGGACAAACACCACCGCAGCGCUGCCUCCACGUGCAGCUGGCGCCGCCGUCUCCUUCCGUCUUCCAAUGCCGCCGUUCCUCGCUGCAAAGAAGAAGAUCACCAAGACGCCGACGAGGGACCAGCGUGUCCGCACGGCCAUCCUCGGGGCUCCAGGCGGGCUUGCGCGCGAGCUCAUACAGCACCGUUCGCGGCUUGCCGAGCGGAGGCGUCUGUUCGUCGACUUUGCCGCCCGCACCACCGCGCCCGUCUUCGUCCUCGACGACAAGGCUCUGGAGCACCUCGCCCUCGAGUUCUACCACGACGCGCUCGUCUUUGUCGACAGCGACGAGGAUCUCGAGUACCUCGCCAUCGAGUCCGACCGGGACGUGUCCGUCUCUGUCCUCAAGUACGUGGCUCAGGAGCACCUCGGCGUCGAGUUCAUGGUCUUCCUCUUCCUGUCACCGCCAAGCCAGGUCGUGGGCAAGGUGGCUCCACCCAUGGCGUCCAUGCUGGCGGCCUCCUUGGUGACGCCAGUUUCCUUGUUGGCAUCUCAAGCGUCAACCACUUCAGCUCAGGAUUCAUGCUCUGUUGCAACUUUGGUCAUGCCAUCCAACGUUUCUAUUGGUGCCCCGAAGGUGUUCAAUGAAUUGCUGAGCCAGCAAGCAGCUUCCAUGGAGAACGACCCCAAGCUCGUCAUGCCUCUACAGAUUGCGGUGGUGGCGUCUGUUGGAAUGCUGAGUAGGUAUACCAAUGUCCACCCUACCCACUUGGUUGCCAAUGGGAAGUGUUCACCAUAUAUGCAGUUUGCGAUGCUGAGAUCUGGGGGUCAGAUCAGGCCAAUUCCAUGGCCAUCUUUUUGUGUUGGUCAUAUGGAGAAGUCACUGUCAGUAGAACUGGUUAUUUCCAAAAUAGAAGUGCAGGCAUUGGGUGGUUGUCAAAAGAACAUACAGUUCCGAGUCAGUUGGUCACAACCUGAUUGGAAAUGGAGCUUUGGCUGGCAAGAUUAUGAUUGGUAUUCCAUAUUGAGCUUCAGCUUCUCAUUUGCAAUUCAGCUCCUUAUAUUGGUGCCAUUAUUGGAUAAUGUUUACUGCUCAGCUUGUGUCCAGAGUACUUGCAUAGCACCUAUGCGUCAUUGUCUUGCAUUAAAUGGGUUUGAGUUGUUGCUAGUUCCAUGGUCACCUGAUCGACAUGGCAGUAUAGUUGAGCACGUGGCGUGGCGUACUAGAUCGGAGCUUGAUCGACGGGCGGUGGUGUGGCAGUACAGAAAGCAGGAGAUGCAGCAGUCGGAGACGCCGUUAGUGAAGCCGGCUGGGCCGCGGAUGGAGUGCCAGCUGCUGCCGUCAUGCUUCCGGGCUCCCCCGGACUUGGUGACGGCGAGCGCGGUGGAGCUGGAGAUGCAGCCGGCGGCGUUGAUGCCCCAGCCGCCGAUGGAGACGCACUCUGUGCUCCCCCAGCUCCUCCAAUCCACGCAUACUCGACGGUUAACUCCUCCACCGCCGAUGCCGAGUCCUCUCCAGCCUUGCGAGCUUGUUGAUGGGAUUAAGGGCAUUGCAUUGAUUUUUGCCUUGAAUUGUGGAGAUUCUCUCUACAGAAACUGUUUCUGGGUGGAUAAAAUUACACAAGUUCAUAGCAAUGCAGAACUGGUGAUCAAGAGCAGAAAUUACUGGGCGAAAUUUCUUGUUGAUGAAGUGGUAAAGGAAUUUUCGGGCACAAUGAAUAUUGCAAAUGCAGAGCUUGGCGCAUUGCAGCAGCCAUGGGCAUCUCAAAAUACCAUGCAGCAUCAGGACUAUGGAAACAAAAGGUUGAUAAAGGGGACAGAGUUUGUCAACAAGAUGGCAGGAAUGUGCUAUUAUCUCAUUUCCACGUACAUGUCAGCACACUUGCAUCUAGUCACUAAUGUUGAUUUUUUUCAGCAACAUCCACAACUUUUGGCAGUCAUACUAGAAUUAUUGCUUGACAAUGACAACUAUAGGAACUUGUUCACUGAUUUUCAGAGCAUGGAGUGGGAGUUUCCAUGGAUAUCUCUCAGUGCUUCAGUUUGGGUUGCCUGGUGUGAUGCUAUUCAGAUGCAACCUGACAGCUCUAUGGUAUUCUGUAGCAACAAAUUUCAGAAUGAUACAAGUGAACAGUUGGUCAAGUGUGAGGACUACUUUGUAUCCAGGAAACUGCUGCUUGAAUUGCGAGUUGUUUAUGUGGUUGUGCCUGGACCAGACUUGACCACAGGAGAGGAAUUAUGCUCUGACAAAUUUAUUUUCCAAGGGCUGUGCUAUAUCAUUCCUCUUGGCAGCAUGGUAUGGCUACUGGUUAUCUUGCAGCAAACCAUUGAGUGUGCUGAGGGCUUACUUCGUGGAAUUUGGGCUAUCAAACAGUUGAGAUAUGGAUUAUUUGAUGAUUUUCUGGUGGCACAUGGAUUAUGCUUGUCCAGUUUCAAUCGAGCAUCUGCAAUAAUAAUAUUGCACAUAGCCGGUCUCGUGUACAAGUACAACAAGCCAAUCAUUCCGGAAAUUCAGAUUAUGAAUACGCAGCAGCUGGCAAGUGAUUUGGGACAGCAAUGUGUUGGUCAGUUUCAGCUUGAUGUUCAGAUUGUUGAUACUCAUUCAUAUUUCAGGGAGUUGCUUAUUGCAGAUGAACCAAAGUUUACACCAGAGCCUUCACUGAUUAUCCAUCAGACUGGAGAAACCCAAUUGGUUGCCACUGAACUAUACUUCACUUUCAAGCUUCAUUUGCCAAUAUGUGUUGACCAAGGGAACUCAUACAAAUUCACUGAGGUAGUGCACCAGACUGUGCAACAGUUCGGUCAUUGGAUCAGUUUCCAUUACUCCCAGUCGGCUCAGCUAGUCUGUAGUUAA